AUGGCCAACGACCGUUAUCAGUAUGACCCGUCUUUGGCCGCGGCAAUCAUCUUCAUUGUCGCCUUUGGGCUAUCCGGUUUCUACCACGCUUAUCAGGUCGCACGCCUGAGGUCUUGGUACUUUAUUCCCUUUGUUGUCGGUUGUGCAGUUGAGGCAAUCGGAUACGGAGGAAGAGCAGUCAACGCGAGCGAGGACUCGGGAGAAUGGUCCAAGGGUCCCUACAUCAUCCAGGCCCUUCUUUUACUUCUAGGUCCCCCGUUCUACGCCGCUUCGAUUUACAUGGUCCUCGGUCGACUCAUCCGGCUCCUCGAAGCUGAUAAAUACUCCAUGGUCAGGCUCAAAUGGCUGACCAAGAUCUUUCUGUUUGGCGAUGUGGCCUCCAUCCUUGCCCAGGGCAUGGGUGGCGGUAUGCUCGCAGGAGCCAAGGAUUCGUCAGCCCGCGAUAGGGGACAGACAAUCAUCAUUGUCGGUCUUUUCAUCCAGCUCAUCUUCUUCGGCGUCUUCAUGAUCGUCGCCAUCGUCUUCCACCGUCGAAUCCAUAACGAACCAACAUCGGCCAGCCUCAAGAUUCACUCGCCGUGGAAGAAGCUCCUCAUCGCCCUUUACGUGUCCAGCGCGCUCAUCAUGGUCCGGUCCAUCUUCAGGGUCAUCGAGUAUGUCAUGGGUGAGGACGGGGAGCUCAUGGCCAAGGAGGCCUAUAUCUACGUCUUUGACGCGACGCUUAUGCUAAUCGUCUCGGUCAUCUUUAACGUGUUCCAUCCGUCUGCCAUUAUCAACAAGCAGAGCAUGCAGCGCAUUUACAACACGGAUUCCGAGAACCAGCUCCAAUCUCUGCGCUGA